AGUUCCUUCAGAAUACACCAACAUGAACACCAAGAUCCUCGUCUUCCUCGGUCUCGCAGCCUUUGCCGCUGCAGACAGCUUUGAAUCCUACGAAUACAGGCCACCGCAUAGGUCCUCUGAGGAAUCUUACGAGUCAAGCGAGGCCAAGUACGACUUCCAAUGGGCCGUGAGCGACGACUCCUCAAGCAACGAGUUCGGACACCAGGAGGCCCGUGACGGCGACCACACUCAAGGAUCCUACUACGUGCAGCUCCCUGACGGCCGCCUGCAAACCGUCAAGUACUUCGUGGACGGCGACUCCGGCUACGUGGCUGAGGUCAACUACGAGGGCGAGGCUUCCUUCGAAUCUGGUUCAUCCGAAUCUCGGGAAUACAGAUACGUGUACGACUCCAACGAGUCAAAAUAAAUCACUAGUCAUAUCAGAAAUCUCAUGUUUUGCUGAUGGAAAUUGCAGCUCUUUUUGUUCAUUUUGUACAAAUGUUUAAUAAUAUAUAUGAUUCAUUUCA